CAACCCGGUUCAAGAAAUUGAAUCCUAACAGCUAGGGCUGAGUGGUUGACUAUAAUUUUAUGAAUUACUAGUAGAUAAAUUUGACUAGCCACCAGAUCUUGAUUUUAUUUUCACCUCAUCCUCUUUACCCAGGUGUGCAUCUAUAUGGCCGAACUAAAAAAGACGCAACCAGUUUUCAUUAAGGUUGAACAACUUCGACCUGCAGCCAAUGGCCUUAAUCUCACUGUAAAGGUUGUUAGCUCCAAAAUAAUAAUGCAGCGAGGUCAGGGACGCCAAAUGCGCCUUGCUGAAUGCUUGGUAGGAGAUGAAACGGGAAUGGUUAUCUUCACAGCCAGAAAUGAUCAAGUGGAGUUGAUGAAAGAGGGCAGUACUGUGAUUCUGCGUAAUGCAAAAAUUGACAUGUUCAAAGGAUCAAUGAGGCUUGCAGUGGACAAAUGGGGGCGUGUUGAAGUUACUGAGCCAGCCACCUUUUCUGUGAAGGAAGAUAACAACCUCUCCUUGAUUGAGUACGAGCUUCUGAAUGCCAUCGAAUAGUGACCUUUGAGCAGGUUCUGAUUCUUGUUCAAGACACAAGAGUAUACUCUCUGAAACGUUUUGCUCUUCCCUGACUUGCCUAGGAUGCCCGUGUAUGUACACCUAUAAGUUAACAGGUUUUUGAAGCUGGAAACUAAUGGACUUGUCGAUAGAUUGUAUAAUGCUAGUCUUUAUAUCCUCAUGGUUUAAACUUUAAACCUUUA